GACGGAACGGCCGAGGACGAGGACCUCGAAUUCUGGAUCCUCCCUCAGUCACUGGGCCCACUUUUCUUACAGCUCCGCCAGCCAGCCAGACCUAAUAACCUCCUCCCACUUCUUCUUCUUUCUCCCUCUCCAUCCAUCUUUCGUCACAGUUUCAGCUCCGGAUUAUUAACGACAGCCCAGACUCCAGACCCAGCACGCACGGCAAGUCUCACUCUCAUUCUUCCCUACCCCUCUUUCUUCUCCCUUCGUCCCUCUUUCUUGUUUCUUUCUUGCCACACUUCUCCCCUUCUGGGUCUCUUUACGAUUCCGCCAUUGCUGCUUUGUUUCCUGACGCAAUCGAAUUGACCGUAGAGAUUGCAAAAUUUGGGGUUGCAACAUUAGAAUUGGUUUGUUUGUAUUCAAUAUCGUCACCUGGGUUAGUUUCUUAGGUGAUUGAUUCAACUCAUUUAUGGAGACAGUUCGCAAGGGAAGUGGGGAGAAUCGGGGGAGGCUCUGAAUUCGACGGCGGGCGGAGGAGGAACCAUGAAGAGGCCGAUCCCGUGUGAUGUGAUAUCCGAUGAUAGCUCAGAUGCAGAAAACGACGGCGAGGAAGAUGGAGUUUUCGAUCCCCAGCAGCACCAGCAGUUUUUCAACCAACAUGAACUAGAAUUGGAUUCUCCAGAGAUGAUAACCAAGACUGCAGAAAUGUAUCAGAACUACAUGCAGGAGCUUCCCAUCCCAUCACUCCGUGGCUCCGUGAUUCCGUGUUCUUCAUGGAUGGAGCUAGGGAGGUCGAUGAAGCAACUCUACGGGCAGCCAUUGCAUUACCUAACCAACAUCAUUCUCAAACGCUGGGACCAGCUGCGAAGCGGCACCGAGAAUCAGCACCAGCCACUGGAUCUCAUCAUUCACCCCAGUAAAGCAGAGGCAACCAUCUGGCUAGUUGAAGAAGUCCACAGGAAGACCUCGUCUCAUCUUCACAUUGCUCAGCUCUGGAUUUCUGAUCCCAUGCACCAACGUUUCGUCGAUGGUCUUGUACCCGAGCUGUGCACGCCGAAUUCGUGAUGCAAUCGUCCUGCUUACAGACUGACUGACUUUUCGUUUGAGGUCUGAAACACCCAUGUAUGAACCCUGAUGCUUCAUCCUUCAAUAGCAAACUCUAUCAACUUUUUUCAUCUUGUUCACUUCCUACAUGUUUACUGCAUUAGCUAGGCAAGGAAGGGAGCGGUUUGUGUAGCUUUUUGGAGAGAGAUAGUUGUGGGAAUCUAGAUGAGAUU